AUGAGUUCAGGAUAUCCGGCUCCGCCUGUUCACCACUCGCAGGCUUAUGCGCCCGAGAUGUCAGGCCCUUCCGCACACCAUCCGGGCUACGCCCAACUUCCUCCCCCAUUGUCUUAUAGUUAUCAGCAAGAUCCCAUAACCAACCCUCACCGUGCAAACAUGCCUCCGCCGCGAACGAAUAUGGCCCCGCCCAACAUGCCUGGUCCCAGAGAUCGUGCUGGUGAGCUUGGUACGACAGAGAACGGCGUCAACAGUUCUGGUCCUAAUCCACUUUCUUCCAAGCCUGGACCUGAAGAAAAAGACAAACCGGCUCCCCAGCCAAUUGAGGGCACCGACGCGACUAGGAAAUAUAGACUUGAGGUGGUCCAGCAACCUCUGAGAGCGAGAAUGUGCGGUUUUGGUGACAAGGACCGACGGCCUAUUACUCCCCCGCCCUGCAUCAGACUAGUAGUGAUGGACAAGACUACGGGCAAAGAAGUAGAUUGCAACGAGGUUGAACAUCAACAUUAUGUAUUACACGUGGAUCUCUGGUCCGAAAAUGGAGACAAGGAGGUCAACCUUGUCAAGCAUUCUCAGCAGUCGCCUUCGAUUUCAUCUACGCAAGCUUCAUCUUUCCGAGAAGUGAUCGAGGGAAGCCAGGCGGGAGGUUAUGGAUAUCAGUCUAUUGUGCCGUCGAACCGCGAAUACGCACAGCAAACUAGCCCUGCUUACCCUCACGCAAUGCCUCCUUAUCAACCAGACCCGUAUAACCAAGGAUACGGUUACCCCCCUCAAGCCCAACCGUAUGGCUAUCCCGGUGGCGGUUACAGAAAUGACAUGGUACCAGGUGUGCCUCAGUUGCCUUCGCAGCCCAUGUUCGGACCCCGGUUCUCCCAGGAUAUGUCGGGACAUCAGAUGACGCACAACCGUCUGAUGGGACCUCAAUCACCAAAUGGCAUGUACACGAGAAAUCUCAUCGGUAGCCUCGCUGCAAGCGCUUCACGUCUCACCGAUCCCACAGAUAAGAUUGGAAUCUGGUUUAUUUUACAGGAUUUAAGUGUCCGGACAGAAGGGUGGUUUAGAUUACGAUUUUCCUUCAUCAACCUACGACGGCCAGAUGCGAUAACUAAUGGCGGCAGCGAUGCCGAACUCCUAAAUAGAGGCAGGGCUCCAGUCCUUGCGCAGGUCUUCAGCGAGAAGUUCCAAGUAUAUUCGGCAAAGAAAUUUCCAGGUGUCUGCGAAAGCACUGCUCUCAGCAAGUGCUUCGCCGUGCAGGGUGUUAAGAUCCCGAUCAGAAAGGACGGCCAGGACGGAAAAGGGAGCAAAGGCCGAGGAUCGGACGACGAGGAUGAUAACUAAGAUAAAUUACCUUUUAUUCUUUUCUCUCUCUCUCUCGGGUACGGGCGGUGUCGGCUCCCUUUGAUGAGAAUUACGGGCAUGACAUUGCCCGGUGACAUCAAGUUCAGAACAGGAAAAGCUACCUCGCCACGGCGUGCUCAUCACGGCACGUGCGCUCAUAUCAUUUUACAAAACAGGUAUGUGGCGGAAUGGAUCUUGGAUUACAAGGUGCAGAAUAGAGAGGCCCAUUUGAUGCCGGCAAAAGACGAGGUUCAGGCGACUAAAGGGGCAAGUUGAAAAUCAGCCAGCUGGGCCCUAGCAUUACCUACCUGAGGUUAACAGUUACCCAAGGUUUUUUACGUUUUACGUUUGCAAAACCGAUGGUUUGGUUCUGCAAUAUACCCGCCAUAGUACAGGUCAGAUAUGAAAGCGAUGAAUUAGAAAA